ACGUCAUCGCGUCUGUGCUUUCCGGCGUAUGGAAGGCGACGAGAUUCGCCUGUGAGGAACCCAGAGCGCAGGAUUCGGGAUUAAUUCACGUUUCUACACAUCUGAUGAGUAAAUAUUCCUGUUUCCAGAUAAAUUAUGGAUGAUCAUGUGCAGUGCACGAUCUGCUUGGAUCCAUUUAAAUACCCCGUGACCAUCCCGUGCGGUCACACCUUCUGCAAGGCCUGCAUCUCCAAAUUCUGGGAUAGGAAGGACAGAGACUUCCACUGUCCUUUCUGUAAAAAAAACUUUGACACAAGGCCUGAGCUGAAUCGCAACGUGUCUCUGUCGAUGAUAACGGAGAUCAGCACACACAGUCCAGUUAAGAUGGAUGUGAGCGCAGGAGCCUCCGUCCACACGGAUCCGGAUCCGGAGCCAGAGCAGAUCUGUGAGCGACACCAGAAGCCUCUGGUCAUCUACUGCAGGAACGACAGCAUGUGUGUCUGCUAUGAGUGCUCUGUCAACGAGUGCAAGGGCCAUGAUAAAAUUUUGGUGGUAGAAGAACGGAAGAAUAGAGAGGCAAAAUUGAAGAAAAAGAGUGCAGAAUUCAAGAAACACCAGGAAACCACUGAGAGAAACCGCCAGGAGCUCAUGGAGAACAUGGAGACAGCGAAGGUAUCACUACAGCAGACGGCUCGCUGGGUGAACACCAAGUUCUCACUGCUGAUUAAGGUGCUGACAGAGAAACAGGAAAUGACAGAGCUUUUUCUGGAACAGCAGCAGGAAGUGACUCUGUUGCAGGCUCAGGAGCGGCUGGAUGUUCUGGAGGAGAGAGCGACGCAGCUUGCAGCCUUUCAGGAGGAGAUCACUAGCCUGUGUUCCCUCCCCUCCUGCCAGCUCAUCAAGGACUCCAGGUUCAUGGAGGUCCCACGCUUCAGUGACGUUCCUGUGGAUGUGCAUGUGAGCGUACAGGAGAAGCUGACGCCCGUCACAGACGUCCUGUCCCGCGUGUCCAAGCUGGUGUGUGAGGAUCUGGAGAGAGCCGUACAGGUGUCUGCAGGACAGGAUAAAGAGGGCUCUCCUCAGGAUAAGAGGCCGGUUCUGGCUGUUGUUCCCAGUCCUGCGACACCAUCAUAUCCAGCCGAGAGGGAGGGACUGAACGCAUACCACUGCAACCUGACCUUCGACCCCCGCACCGCCAACGCUCACUUACGGCUCUCCCAGAGUAACAGGAGGGCGGAGCAUAUGAUCUCCGGGCCCCGCCCCGUCCUUGCCGAUGAGUCCCGCUUCGACCACACCUGGCAGGUGUUGUGUUUCCAGAGCUUCACUCACGGCCAGCACUACUGGGAGCUGGAGGUGUCCAAACCCUGGGCCUACGUGGGCGUGACGUACCCGAACAUCCCGCGCAAGGAGAAGGGCAAGCGCUGCAUGGUGGGGAUGAACGAGCUGUCGUGGAGCCUCAUGGACGAGCGGCAGCUGACCGCGUGGCACGCCGGCUGCAAGGAGUCCGUCGCCGGUCAGCUGCAGCAGAACGCUCAGCCGCUGCGCAUUGGGAUGCUGCUGGACUACGAGGCCGGGACGCUGACGUACUACGGCGAGGGACAAGUCCGGCUGCACGCCUUCCACUGCGCCUUUACACAAGCGCUGCUUCCGGCCUGCUGGAUCGGGGAGGGCGUCACCAUCACGCUCUGUGAACCGCGAGCAUGAACGUAUUUGAUCCUGGGGAAAUAGAUGCAUCAUCCCUACCGUAGCUGAACCUGAGACGCGUGGCCUGCCUAUGCCAUCAUUACUCCUGGUGUUUCCGAGCGAUGGUGAGAUUUGAUGAGCUCAGGAUUCAGUCCGGGAUGGUUCGGGUUGGUCAGUGGAAAAUUGUGUUAAAUAUACUUCACACAAGUAGGAAUGCAGAUGCUCCUAUAUAUAAAUGACCCUGGAGCACAAAACCAGUCAUAAAUUUCAAUUUUUUAAAAUUGAGAUUUAUACAUCAUCUGAAAGCCGAAUAAAAGAGCUUUCCAUUGAUGUGUGGUUUGUUAGGAGGACAAUAUUUGGC